UUGAAAGAUCAAUCAAAUAUGGAUCAGAGGUUUCCCUUGUUCAUAUGUCCACCGGGAAAUAUUUAUCUACAAAAAAAGUCCCAUUACCCAAACACGGACAAUAUGCGGUCGCUUGUACUGGCCAAAACAUCGACUUAAAAAACGAUACCUGGAAACUUAUUGGUGCAUUUAACGUAAACGUAAAAAAUGGAGGCCUUUUAUCCUCAAACACCGUUGUUAGACUCAUGCAUCAAGAUACGGGAGAAAGCUUACAUUCUCAUGGUGUAAUAAAUGGUGGAACUUCAAAAUCAAAUCAUCAACAGGCAACCAUUUACAGAAAUAAAAACAGUGACGAUAAUUGGCUUCUUCAUUGCAAUAACACCGAUGAUAACGACUCAGCCCAUUUAAUGAAUGGAGAUAUCAUUAGCCUCUUUCAUAAAAAUACUAAUCAACCGCUAUACAGCCAUAAAGUUUUAUUAGACGAUGGAACUCAAGAAACAUUUAAUCACAAAUCCACCUUGCAGUGGCGUAUCGAAUUAAUUAGGAAACCGAUUAAAUAUGGAUCAACAGUCGCGUUAUUUCAUGUGCCUACUAGAAAAUAUUUAUCUAAUAAAGGGGUCAAAUAUUCAUCGAAUGAAGGGGCCAAACACUCACAUAAUCAAUACAUGGUCGUAUGUAACGGUCGAGAAAUAGAUUAUGAAUAUGACCUUUGGACGAUCUGUGAUACAAACGUUGGAGAUCCUUUAUCCAUUCGUAACAUUAUCGCAUUUAAGCAUAAAAAAACCGGCGGAAAUUUACAUUCCCAUGGACUUAGAAAUGGAACUACCCCAAAAUCAAAUCAUCAGCAAGUAACUAUUUUUAUGAAUAAAAAUCAGGACGAUUACUGGACUAUUCGGCAUAAUAUUCCCAAAGGCGAUCUAGAUCAAUUAAUGAGCGGUGACAUUAUUAGUCUCUUUCAUAAAGUUACUAAAAUACCACUCUACAGCCAUGAUGUUUUGUUGGAUGAUGGAACUCAAGAGGUUUCUUGUAAUGGAGAUGGAUGUGAAGAUAACAAUAUGGUACAAAAAGGUUUAAAUAUUUUCACUCAUGCGUUAUAA